GAGAGUCGGGCUCUGCUUGCGAGUUCGGUUGUCAGAGUUCUGGCUGUGGUGUUAUGUUUUUUGCAAAGGGCGGGACGCGGCCGCGGACGUCGGAAGUCGACCCCUCGGAGCACAAAAAAUGGGUGAAAGUAUUUAAAGCAUGUGAUGAAGAUAACAAAGGCUAUCUAAGCAGAGAGGACUUUAAAGUUGCUGUUGUAACGCUGUUUGGGUACAAGCCCUCCAAGAUAGAAGCGGAUUCUGUGAUGUCUUCAAUAAACCAAAACACUUCCGGUAUAUUACUUGGGGACUUUUUAAACGUUGUGAGGAAAAAGAAGGAAGCUCAACUAUAUUGGAGUGAAAUCAGACACAUCUUCACAGCGUUCGACAGGCACUAUCGUGGAUUUUUAACUUUGGAAGAUUUCAAGAAAGCAUUUAAGCAGGUGGCUCCCAAAUUACCAGAGAGGAUUAUUGUUGAGGUAUUCAGACUACCAACUUUUCCUGUCCAGAAAACAAUUCAGAACUUCUCCUCUCUGAGAAGCCUUCUUAAUAAAGGUGGAAGGACAUUUAAGAACGCUGCCCCAUUUCCAGAUGAACCAGUGAGCACAAUAUCAUAGCAUUCAUGUCUAAUUAGAAGAGCAGAUGCCAAAGAUAACAAACCUUCAGAAAAAGCAUCUUAUUGACAAGUAAACUAGAGUUUCUCCAAAAAUGUAACCAGUGACCAUCAGAUAUUUUGUUGGUGAGUUAAUAUGUGAAUUUCCAGGGGGCAAGAGAAAGACUAGGGCAAUAAUAGUUGUAAGCCUAAAUGGAGGUUUACAAAAAUCAACCGGAAGACAUUUACUAAGAGA